GGAUGUUGGGGCUUGUGUCCCCUCACUUUCCCCCACCCCCAAGCGCGGUCUGGAACCCUCGGCCCCAGCAGAGGAGGAGGGCGGGGGCGAGGGCGAGCGUGAGCGUGAGCACGGCCGGCACCAUCGAGAUGCUCGGUCCUCCGCGCAUCCUAGAGCGGCGGCGGAAGCUCCCCCGCUAAGGGCCGGAGGCUGCUCGCUCCUCCGGCGCCAUCGCGUCCUCUCCCGGGGCCCGGCUCGGGAAGCCAGAGCUGUGUCCACACUAUGAUGCUGCCCUGGGGGACGUUCGUGACGGGACACGGAGUCAGCCCUCCGAAAAACUAAAUGCUGUUCUGGUUAUGCUCUUCUGUCCACCGCCAUAGUAGUGAAAUUCCUAGGUUCCCAAUGGCACCCGACGCCCCAUUUUGGUGUGAGAAGACACGUUUGGGAGAGUGAGAACAAGGGAGUCCUGAGAGGUGACGGCACUGAGACAGAUGACCAGGAGUUUGUGGCAAAGCGCAAGAUGUGUGCAGGAUUUGACGCCCAAACAACUAUGUGGGCGGGUCUUCCGAGAGCCAUUCCCCAGGCCCCUGACUUGGGAGAAGCCUCUACAUAUGAGGGCAGCCCGAAAGAAGGCCCAGCAGGCACAAACAUAGAAGACAGAGGGGGUGGUCAGAAAGCCUGGGAGGGCGCCAGCGAUCCGGGAUUAAAAACCGAGCCGAUGUUUCAGAGAGAGACCUUCGAAGAGAAAGCCCAUCCUUGUGAUCAGCGUGGUCCAAGUCCCAAACAGAAUUCAGAACUUCGGAAAAACCCGAGACCCCCGAGCGUGAAGAAAUCCUAUGAAUGUCCGGAGUGUGGGAAGCCCUUCAAAGGGAGAUCCAGCCUUAUUGACCAUCUGAGAAUUCACAGUGGAGAGAAACCCUACGUAUGCCUCGAAUGCGGGAAAGCCUUCAUGCAAAACUCAAGCUUCGUUAACCAUCGGAGAAUCCACACUGGAGAGAGGCCCUAUCAGUGUAGCGAGUGUGGCAAGGCCUUCCGGCAGAGAUCCAGUUUUAUCAACCAUAAGAGAAUUCACAGCGGAGAGAAACCCUACGAGUGUAACGAAUGCGGGAAGACCUUCAGGGGAAGCUCAGACCUUAUUAAGCAUCGGAGAAUUCAUAGCGGGGAGAAGCCCUACGAAUGCAGCGAGUGCGGCAAGGCCUUCCGUGGGAGCUCAGCCCUUCUGGAACAUCAGCGGAUCCACAGAGGGGAAAAGCCCUACAAGUGUCACGAAUGUGGCAAAGAUUUCAGGUGGAGUUCAUACCUUAUUCAGCAUCAGAGAAUUCACAGUGGCGAGAAACCCUAUAAGUGCUUCGAAUGUGGGAAAGACUUCAGGGGGCGAUCUCACCUGAUUCGCCACCAGAGAAUUCACACGGGAGAAAAGCCCUAUGGAUGCAAUGAAUGCGAGAAAGCCUUCAGGGCUAGUUCCGAUCUAAUUCAACAUCAGAGAAUCCACAGUGGGGAGAAACCUUAUGAGUGCCAUGAAUGUGGAAAAGCCUUCAGAUUGAUUUCAACCUUUAUCAACCAUCAGAGAAUACAUAGUGGAGAAAAGCCCUACGAGUGUAUCAAAUGUGGGAAGGCUUUCAGAAGGAACGCGUAUCUUAUUCGGCAUCAGAGAAUCCAUACAGAAGGAAAACCUUACGGUUGUCACGAAUGUGGACGAGCUUUCAGAGGGAGCUCAGCCCUGAUCGAACACGAAAGGAUUCACAGGGGAGAGAAACCCCACGAGUGUCCCGAUUGUGGCAAGGCCUUCAGAGCCAGCUCGGUCCUUAUUGACCAUCAGCGAAUCCACAGCGGGGAGAAACCCUACGAAUGUCAUGAAUGCGGCAAGGCCUUUAGGUGGAGUUCAGAUCUCAUUCAACAUCAGAGAAUCCACAGUGGGGAGAAACCCUAUAAGUGUAACGAAUGUGAGAAAGCCUUCAGGAGGAGCUCUGACCUCAUUAAGCAUCAGAGAAUUCAUAGUGGAGAAAAGCCUUUUGAAUGUAAUGCCUGCGGAAAAGCUUUUAGUGGGAGUUCCAAUCUUAUUAGACAUCAAAGAAUUCAUAUUCGAGAAUAAUCCCAUCAAUUUAAUGAAUAGUGCUUCGGAUUUCAGUGCCAUAGGGAACUCCCAGAUGAGUCAGUUCCCUUCUCUGCAAUUUACUUAAUUCUACAGAGUUGCCUAAAUCACUAAAAAAGAGAUGAAUUGAUUUACCUGAGGUCACAGCUAGGAUGGUGGCGAAGGACUUAAAUCCAGGUCUGCCAAUUCUCUCUAUAACUAUCUGUUAUGAGUUAUUCAAUCAGAUAUGUGGCUUUUUCACAUUUGGCAGCGGGAAGUCACAUUGAAAUCCUGCCUUCCUAGCUCUGUGGCCCUGGGCAAGGCAUCUCACGCCUGUCAGCCUCAGUUUCCCCAUCUGCAAAAUGAGGGGGUUAGAUACAAUGGCCUCCAAACCUAGAUGUAUUAGAGGCCAUUCAUUAAUCAAACAUUUGCUAAGCACCUAACAUAUAUGGAACAGUUUUGGGCAUGAAAAAUUCUCAGUUAGGAUGUGAUACUUACACGUUAAUAGGGAGAUAUGGUAUAUAACACAGAGAACUGUUACCCGUAAUGACCGUUUGGAAAGGGUUAGCCACCGAGAAUCGAGAGCGUGUGUUUAUGUGUGUGUGUGACUAGCAGCUCGUUAAACCUACUAAGGUAGGGGAGGGUCACGUAUCCGUCAGAGGUGGACAAGGAAAAUGGCACCAGGAAUGCUUGGGCUGUUGAAGUUGCAGUAGGUAGGAGGGGGAUGAAGCGAGCAUGGCCUCCCAUUGUGAUGAGCUGGCCUCUGAGCCUUGAGAGAGCUCAAAAUGCUCUUUGGGUGCUAGACCAAUGUCUUUGUAACCUUCCUGUACGUCUCUUAACUGUAUAAGAAAAGAGCACUUAAUAAAAUGUUGAGUUUCCCCA